AUGUUCAGAUUUUGUAAAUCUGAUAGUUUAUUAAUUAAUUACAAAGAGCUUAAAUAUAUAUGUUUUAUUUAUAUUUUCUUGUUAUUAAGCUUUUUUAUAUGGUGUUUAUGUAAAAAACAUUUUCAAAAUAAAAUAAAUAAAAGACACAAAUGGAGGAACCAUGAAUCAAAAUAUAAAAAUGAAAAAUUAGAAUUUUUUAAUUAUAUAUAUGAAUCGGCUAAUUCAGAUGAAGUAAUUAUUAGACAAGAAGGAUAUAAAAAUAGUUUUGUUGGUUUUAUGCUAAAAAAUAUAUCUAUUAUAUUUUACUUAAUUACUCAUAUAAUAAUUAUAUUAUUGAUAAUUAAUGAAUAUUGUAUAUAUGAAAAUAAUGAAAAGUUAUGGAAUGAUAGAGCUUUUGUAUUUUUUAUUUUUUUUCUAUUAAGUUUUAUAAUUACGUAUGGAAUAUUAAUUGUUAGAAAACAUAUGCAUGGUUUUUUUUUAAAACCAUCACUUUUAAAAGAUAGUGAUUAUGUACUAAUUUAUACAAAAAAUGAAGAUUACAUAAAUUUUUAUAAAAACAUUUUCAAAGAUGUCUUUGAAUUUUUUUAUAUUUUUUUUAAAAAUAAUUAUUAUAAAUUAAGAAAAUUUCUGUUUCUACAUUUCCAUUUAUCCAAUAAUUAUAAAAAUGAAAAUAAAAGCAGCAUUUUUCAAUAUAAAAAAAAUGGUUAUGAAGAAAAAUAUAAAGAGUUCAAUAAAAUAAAGAGAAGCAAAAAUCAGGAAAAUAUCAUGAGGGAAGAUAAAAUAAUAAGAAAUGAAAAAAAAAAAAAAAUUGAAACGAAAUCUCUGAAUAAAUUAAAAGUUCAUAAAGUAAAAGUAAGAAUAAAUGAAAAAAAUAUACGAUAUUUUUUUUUUCGCAGUAUGAAAUAUGUAUAUAAUGAAAAAAAGGAUGCCUUUUAUAAUAUAUCUCAUAGUAUAAAUGAAAAAGUAAAUAAUUUAGAUUUCAAUUACAUUUUGAAAAAAGGAGGUCUGAAUAAUAACGAAAUUAUAAAUAAUAUAAAUGAGUAUGGAUAUAAUAAUAUUCAUUUAGAAUUUUACUCUCUUUUUAAAAAUUUAAAAAGAGAGUUAUUGGAUGGUAUUUAUAUGUUUCAGUUAUUUAUAACUUAUAAAAAUUUUUUCUGGAAAGAAAUAAUAACAUCCUUAAUUUGGUUAGUUAUAUCUUUGCUAACAGUAAUGAAGAAAAUUUUUAAAAAUCAAAAAAAUAAGAAAGAAAUUUUUGAAAAUAUUCAAGCUAAUAAUAACACUGUAGUAACUGUUUACAGAAAUUCUAUAGUUCAACAGAUACCUUCAAAUAAUUUAACUAUAGGUGAUAUAAUUAUAAUAACAUCAAAAAUGACUAUACCUUGUGAUUGUUUAUUAUUAACAGGAAAUGUUUUAGUUGAUGAAAGUUUAUUAACAGGGGAAUCUAGACCAAUGAAAAAAAUAUGUAUAUCAAAUUUAAAUUCUUUUAAUUCUUGUGAAAAGAUAAACUCAAGCGAAUCUUAUAUUUUUAAUGAAAACCAAGAGAAUUUUAUUGAAAAACAAAAAGGAAUAAAUAAAAAAAAAAACUAUGAAGCAAAUAUAAUAAACAAAAGAGAUUAUAAUAAACAGAAUGAACAUAAUAAAUACUUUUCUAAUAAUUAUAACACAAAUAAUAUAUUAUAUGCUGGAACAGAUGUAAUAUCUACCUUGAAUUUUUCAGAUAAUAUAUAUGCUAUAGUAAUAAAUGUAAGCAUAUAUACUUAUAAAGGAAAAUACAUGCAAAAUGUAUUAUUCCCAAAUCCUUUACUUUUUAAAUAUGAUUCUCAAUUACCCAUAGUUUUUAUUUUUACCAUUUUAUUUAGCUUAAUUUGUUUUUAUUUUCAAAUAUAUUACUUAGGUUUUAACAUGACAUCUAUUUUUUAUUCAAUUGGAACUUUAUCUCAAAUAUUACCAGUAUGGACACCUGUAGUUUUAAAUAUAGGAUUAAAUAUAUCUACAAAUAGAUUAAAAAAAGAAAAAAAUAUAUGUUGCAUUGCUCCAUCUAGAAUUCCUAUAUGUGGUAAAAUUCGUAUUUUCUUUUUUGAUAAAACAGGAACAUUAACAGAUCAUAAAAUAGAACUUUCAGGGGUUCACUUUUGCAAUAACAUUUUAAACGAAAAAAAAAAAAUACACUCAAGACAUAGUAAUCAUAACAAAAGUAUUUCUGAUGAUACAUAUGAUAUCAAAUUUGAAAACUUUUCUUUACUUAAUAAUAAAAAUUUUAAAUCAUUUUACAAAAAUAACUUAAAAAAAAAUUGGAAUUUAAGAGAUUUUGACUAUAAUGCACCACAUUUUUUGUCAAAUAAUAUUGUUGAAUAUUACAGUUCUAAUAAUAUUAAUAAUAAUGUUUUUGCAAAAAGUAAUAUUAAAGAUAAGAAUGAUUCUAAUAAUAAUUCACAACAUUCUUUUUAUUCUAGUAUUGGUUUCAAUGAGACAAGUAAUAUUAAUCAAGAAAAAAAUAAAAACAUAAAUAAUGAAUAUAUGCAAAAAUCUUUUCCAUAUUACAAAAGUAAGUUAUUUACUUUAACAGAUAAUGACACAUAUGAUCAACAAGAAAAAGAAAAAUUUUAUGAUCAAAAGUCAUCUAAUUGCAAUAAAAAUGAAAGGAGCAAUGGUAGUAGGCAAACAUCAACUGGUGAUGUUUUUCAAAGUUAUGAUGAAAUGGAAGAACAUAAAUAUUAUGAAGAUGAAAUAAAGAAUAUUAAUUAUAAAGAACAAGAAAAAAAUAUUUAUAAUGAAAAUUUAAAAAAAAUUAAUAAAGAUAAUAAAAAAAAUAUUCAAAAAAAGGGACUUGAUAAAUAUAAUAAUCCAAAUAAUUAUAAAAUUUCAUAUGAUGAAGAAGAGUAUAAUAAAGAUAAUUUUGAAAAUAAAACAAAAGAUAAAUUAAAGAAAGAUCAACAAAUAUCAAUUAAUGUGGAUUCUAAUAUUACCAGAUGUGAUAAUUUUAUUAAAAAGAAACAAAAAAAAGAUUUCCUAAAAAACAGUAAUAAAAAAGGUAUUAAUAAUACAAUUGCAAAAACAAGUAAUAUUAAUGAAUCUAAUACUUCUAUGAAUUUGAUUACUUCCCUACUUUAUAAUAGUAAAUUAAUGUGGACUAAUAAAGUUACUUUUAAUAAUACCCCAUCAAAUUAUCAUUUACUAAUUUAUGCAUUAGCUGGUUGUUCAUGUGUUUAUUAUGAUAGUAAUAAUAUAUAUGGAAAUGAAAUUGAUAAAAGAUUAUUUGAAGCAACUGAGAUGAGAAUAAGUAAUUAUAUUAAUAAACAUGAUAUGAAUAUAAAAAAAAUUACUUUAAAAAUGAAUGAUGAAUAUAAAUGUUUCGACAUUUUAAAAACAUAUGAAUUUGAUUAUUACACAAAAAUAUCUACUACUUUAUCAUAUGGAUAUUUUGAUUUUGAAGACAAAAUUUACAUUGUUUUUUCAAAAGGUUCCUUUGAUAAAAUUUAUCAAAAAUGUAUUAAAAACGAUGAAAUAUAUUUUUUUAAAAAAAAAGAACAAGAAUAUAGUAAAAAUGGAUUUUAUGUUAUUGCUUUAGCAUUUAAAAUUAUACGGAAAUCAUCUUAUGAGAAUAUCAUGGAAUUAUCUAGAGAAGAAUUAGAAAAAGAAAUGAAUUUUUUAUCAUUAAUAAUGUUUAAUAAUCAUGUAAAAAAUGAUGCACCUAAUGUUAUUCAAACUUUAAAAGAUUCUUCAAUUAGACCUGUUAUAUUAACUGGUGAUAAUGCUUAUAAUUGUUUAUAUGUUGGUAAUAGAAUAGGUUUAUUUAGUAAAGUAGAAUUUUAUGACUCUUGUUUUUCAUUAAAUAUAAAUUCUAAUAUUAAUUAUGAAAUUAAAAAAAAUAAUAAUGAAAAUGAAUUUCAAUCUAACGAAACAAAAUUUUUAUCUUUUGAAAAUCUUAUAAAAUCAAGCAGCAGUGAAAACAAAUUAGGUAACUCUUCUUGCAUUACAGAAAAAUAUAAUGAACAAUCAAAAAAAAAAAAAAAGAACAAAAAUAUUGAUAAAAGGGAAACUGAUAAAGAAAAUGUUAAAAGUAAAAAAUAUGUUGAUAUAAAGUAUUCAUCUAUUAAAUCAAAAUAUAAUAGUAAAAACUUUAAAUAUGAACCAGAAGAAAAUACUCCUUUAUUAUCUCCAAGCAAAAAAGAAGAUAGACAAGAAGAAUCUAUAUCUAAUAAUUUAAAUCAAAAUGAUUGUAGUAUUAAAAAUAGUGUUAUUUGUAAAAUUUCAAAUGAUAAAGAUAUUGCGAAUAGUAGUAAUAAUAAUGGUACUAAUAAAAAAAAUUAUAAUUGCAAUGAUAUAAUUGUUGAUAAAUAUAAUAGCGUUAAUAAUAGUAAGGAAAAUGAUAAAAAUAUAAAAGAUAAGGAAAGCAUCCUUAUAAAAUCUAAAAAUCAAUAUGAUUUUAUGAAUAAUAAAGCUUCACAUUAUAUAAAUGAAGAAAAAUACGAAGAAAAUAUAAUAGUAUAUGGAUAUGUAUUAAAUGAUGAGUUGGUAUUUGUUAAUAUACAAAAUGACAAAAAAAUUAAUAAAAAUAUUGUAUUGUAUCAUGAUAUUUAUAAAGAAAUAAUUUUAACAGGUGAAGCAUAUCUAUUAAUAAAACAAAGCAUAUUUCAUAUUAAAAAUACAGAUGAAGAAUUUAAUAAUGAAGGAUUGGAAGAAUAUAAAAAUUUCUUAUUAAGGGUAAGAAUAUUUUCGAGGUUAACUCCAAAUAAUAAAAUUGAAGUAAUAAAAGAUUUUAUAAGUUUUGGUUAUAUAUCGGGUAUGUGUGGGGACGGAAGCAAUGAUUGUGGUGCUUUAAAAAUUUCCCAUGCAGGUUUAGCUUUAUCAAAUUCUGAUACAUCCGUAGUAUCACCCUUCAGUAGUAGAAAUGAAAAUUUAAAAAGUGUGAUUGAUAUAUUAAGAGAAGGAAGGGCAUGUUUAGUUACAUCUAUAAAUUGUUAUAAGUAUAUGCUUUUAUAUGGAUUUAUGAUUUCAAUUAUUAAAAUUGUCUUAUUUAUGCAUGCACAUGCAGUUAUGUCAGAAUACGGAUAUUUAUUUUUUGAUAAUGUAAUUUUAUUAUUGCUAGCUAAGUCAAUGACUUUAUCAAAACCAGCACUUAAAUUAAAAACACAGACACCUACCUCAAGUAUUAUAGGUGCACAAACUAUUCUUUCUUUAUUAUGUACACUUUUUGUUAAUUUUUUCUUUCUAUAUAUAAUUAUUUUUCAAUUUUUUUAUAUUUAUAACUUACCAACAUCAUAUCACAUGAACAGUUCAGCACCCAAAUCAUCUUGGUGGCUAAUGAGUGAUAAUUAUGAAAGUUUUUUGACAUGUAUUUGGUUUUGUUUUCAAAUUGUAAAUAGUGCUUUUAUUUUAACUUUUGGAGGAAAAUACAGAAAAAAUAUUUUUACGAAUUAUACCUUUAUGACGUAUUAUUUUUUGAUAAAUAGUUUUUUAUUAUACUUAACAUUAGGAGGUCCUAAUAAGUUAACAUGUUUAUUUCGUAUGAAUUGCAAUAAUGAAAUUUCAAAAACUACUAAAUUCAAAAUUCUUGAUUUAUUUUCAUAUUCAGCUAGUGGUUUAAAUUUUUAUGGACCUAAUGGAAAUAACAUAUUGAGUAGGAACCAUAAAAUAAGAUUUCUUUUCUUAAAUUUUUUAAAUAUAGCUUUUAAUAUUUUUAUAUCAAAAUAUAUUUUAUGUGAAAAACUUUAUAAUAUGGUAAGAAAAUUUUUUAAUUAUAAAAAUAGAAAAAUUCCUGUUUAA